AUGGCGUUGACGCUCAAGACAGCUAUCAAAGGCUCUGGUGACGCUACCGCCGUCAUCAUCCCUAGCAAGCCGGCCAAGCUCGCGGGCCUCGGCAUCAAGACAGGUGCUCCGGUUUCCAUUGCCUUGGUCAACUCGUACGAGUUCAUCGUAUCCUUCCUUGCCACGUCGUGGCAGCGAGCCAUUGCCGCGCCCCUAAACCCGGCCUAUAAGCAGGACGAGUUCGAGUUCUACAUCGACGACGUCAAGUCGGCCCUCGUCCUUGUUCCUAGAGGUGCCGUUGCUCAGAACACCCCUGCUGUCAGGGCUGCGAGGCGCUUCAAGGCGGCUAUUGCCGAGUGCUAUUGGGAUGAAGCCAAGGGCGAGGUCGCCCUAGAUGUAAAGAGCAGGGCCAACUUGGACAUAAGCAGCACGUCCAAGAGCCCCAGCCUGACGAUGUCGCGCUCAUCUUGCACACGAGGUGCCGCUUACUCACCGAAACUUGACUCGAACGAUGCGUACGUCUGCCGACCCUGCGUCCACAGAAACAUUCAGCAGACCUACGAGCUCACCUCCAACGACCGAACCAUGCUCGUGAUGCCGCUGUUCCACGUCCACGGCCUUCUCUGCGCUCUCUUGGCGCCGUUCUACUCCGGCGGCUCAAUGGUCGUGCCGAACAAAUUCUCCGCCUCGGAAUUUUGGGAUGACUUCAUCCACCACCAGGCCAACUGGUACACCGCCGUGCCCACGAUUCACCAAAUCCUCCUCAAGGGGCCUACGCCCAGCCCUUUGCCCAAGAUUCGAUUCAUCCGGUCUUGUUCGUCUCCCCUCUCGCCGACUGUGCUGGAGAGGCUCGAGAAGGCGUACCGUGCACCUGUGCUCGAGGCUUACGCUAUGACCGAAGCCGCGCAUCAGAUGACAUCGAACCCUCUCCCUCCCAGCAAAAGGAAGCCCGGUAGCGUUGGUGUUGGCCAGGGUGUAGAGAUCAAGAUCCUUGACGAUGCUGGGGACGAGCUACCCCAGGGCAAGGAGGGCGAGAUCUGCAUCAAGGGUGAGAACGUCACCAAGGGAUAUCUCAACAACGAAGCGGCCAACAAGUCGUCCUAUACCAAGAGCGGCUUCUUCCGGACUGGAGACCAAGGACUGAAGGACGCGGAUGGCUACAUCAUUAUUACUGGUCGUAUCAAGGAGCUGAUCAACAAGGGCGGCGAAAAGAUUAGCCCCAUUGAGCUCGACAACGUUCUUACCCAACAUCCCGCCGUUUCUGAGGCCGUGAGCUUCGCUAUCCCCGACGAGCUAUACGGGCAAGACAUCGGGGUGGCCGUCGUCUUGAAGUCAGGCGAGAACCUUGCAGCGGAUGAGCUCAAGAACUGGGUCUUGGAGAAGCUGGCGAAGUUCAAGACUCCCAAGAAGAUUUACUUCACCGAAGUGAUGCCUAAGACUGCGACUGGCAAGAUCCAGCGUAGGAUAGUCGCCGAGACGAUGCAGAAGCAAGACAAGCCCAAGCUUUGA